AUGUCACUGCUUCUCAAUUUUAAUGUUUCUCUGUUCCACAGAAUUCAACGUUCUCCUUCAGACCCCACCAGCCUUUCUCAAUUCCCAGUAUUCUCCAAACCCUCUUCUCUUCACUCACUUUCACUCUCCAAAUCCCACAUUUGCUUCACAUUUUCACCAUCAAGCAGUCCCAACUACGACCGCGAAGAGGCACGCUGGCUCCGGGAAGAGCAACGGUGGCUCCGAGAAGAACAAAGGUGGCUCCGGGAGGAGUCCAGGUGGAAUUCCGAACGCGAGUCGCUUUUGAGUGAAAUUCAAACACUGAAACUCCGAAUUCAAGACCUGGAGCGACAGAAUUCCGUACAGGGACGUCCGGUUACCGAGACGGUGGCAAAUCUUGCGAAAUUGUUGCAGGCUUGA